UGACCGCAGUGGCGACGGCUCGAGCACAAGGCGAGCGCGGCAGUCGGCAGCAUCCCCAGCAGUCAGUCAGUGAUAGUGUGCCAAGUGUCUAGUGAUCAGUGAAUCAGUGACAGUGCGCAAGUUUCACGUGCAGUGACAGCAAGUACAUCGACAGUGCGACCGUGCGUGGAUAUCGAACUACAGACGCCAUGAACACCGCGAUGACGACCUUGAGGGCGGCGUGCGCCGGCCGGCGCGGCGUGCUGCUGGCGGCCGUGGCGCUGAGCGUGCUGGCCACGGCGGCGGCGUGCUCGCAGGGCGGCAAGCAGCUCAUCAGUCGCGGAGUCAGCUGCUCCGACAAGCAGAUCAUCCUCGACACCCACAACCGGCUGCGGCAGAGCGUCGCCCUGGGCCGCGUGGCCGGCCAGCCCGGCGCUGCCAACAUGAUGGAGAUGACCUGGGACGAGGAGCUAGCCUCCGUCGCGCAGCGCUGGGCCGACUCUUGCCUGCCCGGCCACGACCACUCGCGGCAUGUCUCGCGCUUCUACGUGGGCCAGAACAUCGCCACCUCGUGGACCUACCCGCGGCCCAACGCCCUGGGCGGCACCCCCGAGUUCGCCAAGCAGAUCAGCAACUGGUUCAACGAGGUGCGCAGCUACAGCUUCCGCUCCUCCAGCGCCGCCACCGGCCACUACUCGCAGCUCGUGUGGGGCGACUCGCACCUGGUGGGCUGCGGCUACGCCUACUACCACGACCAGUCCCGCGGCUACACCAAGGUGUACGUCUGCAACUACGGCCCGGGCGGCAACGUCGCCGGCACCGCCCCCUACGCCACCGGCGCCCCCGCCUGCCCCCGCUACGGCACCAAGCCCUCCUCCAAGUACCCCGGCCUCUGCUCUACCCACGGCUACUACUCCGGCAACAUCGCGUGCUACGGCUAAGCCCCGCAGACGCCUCGUACCCCGCUGUCGGCCACCGUGCCGCCCCAAGGGCCACCCCAAGGGCCACCCGAAGGGCAGGGCCGGGGCAGGGCUCGCCGGAGCGCGGCGCUGGUCGCCGCGGACGGCGCAGGAGCGGCCCGCCAGAGGUCCCAAGUCUAGUCAGCACUCCAUGCUCCUGGUUGCCACCACGCCGUGGCACGCCGUGCCGAAUCCGAGACCUCGAAACCACGGGGGGACACAGUGUCCCUUCAAGAAAGAAAGAGUCAGAGGUCGAUCCAAUCUUGUACUGAAUAGUAGAGCUGCUAGGUUAAGUGUCGGUGUAGAUUGUUUAAUGUGCCAAAAAGUACGGUGAGCUUCGCCAGCUUCGCCAGCUUGGCGAGCUUCGCCGUGCGCCUGAGCCGGUCGGGCUUCGCGCCCAUCCCAGUGGCUCCCCUGUGCGGCUGUAGGGCCUACCUGUAGGCUGAUGUAGACCUUAAGCACCCCCGCCUGUGAUAUGCUCCGUGUUGGAGGGUUUGGCGCGUCCACGACUGAGUGAGCCAACAGGCGCGCCAACAGUGUAAAUAUGUGUAGUUGUAAAUGUUAUGUUCUUAUACAAACCCGGCUGAUCUUGGGAUUUUAAAAAAAAUAAUUAGUUUUCUUUUCGUAUAUGUCGUAUCGAUCUAAGAGGAGAAAAAUAAAACAAUUUCAGUUUGGCGAGAAAAA